AUGUUUCGCACACGAAAUGGUAGAUCGACAAGCUCUCACAGAGGUGUAGAGCAGGAAGCUACCGAGCCGAUUGUACAAGAUACUGGUUCGGUUGAUCGACGGAAGCUAGAAGAGAUCGAAGCCGCGCUAGCGGCCCUUAGAGCUCAUGUGAUCUCUGGUGACCGUAUGAGGAGAGUCAAGGAGACCCAAGAGGAUUUGCUCAAGACAGUGACUGAUUUGGGCAACGAGGCUCAAGUCAGUGUGCUUCAAGCAGCUGUAGCGAGUUUGACCAUAAACCCUAUUGAAAGAGUAGGCGUACGAGCCAAGAUCCCCGAUCACCAACGCUUUGAUGGAGCGAGGGAUGCUAAAGAGCUUAAGAAUUUCUUGUUUGGCAUAGAGCAGUAUUUUCGGGCCAUACGCACAGAGUCUGAGGAAGAUAAGGUAGCGAUGACGUCGAUGUAUCUAGGUGGUGACACGAACUUAUGGUGGCGAUCCAAGUUCAAGGAUGGUGUGUGCUCCAUUACGACUUGGGAUGCGUUGAAGAAGGAGUUGAAGACCUCCUUCCUCCCCGAGAAUGUAGAUUACAACGCUCGUAAGAAGUUGAGGGAAUUGUCCCAUACAGGGACUAUACGGGAGUAUGUGAGAGAGUUCUCAACUUUGAUGUUGGAUAUAAAGGAUAUGUCUAAAAGAGAUAAGUUGUUUCAUUUCCUUGAAGAGCUCAAGCCAUGGGCUAGACUCGAGCUACAGAGACAAAAUGUGCAAGAUCUGAAAGUAGCGAUAGCUGAUUCUAAGUGCCUUAAUGAUUACAACGAUCAUCCUGAAAAGCGCAAGACGCCUUCUACAAGUGGAGCUAACACCCAACAGAUUAGUGUGAACAAGUUGGCUCGAGGGGAGAAGACAUCGAGUAGGGGAGCAAAUAGAAGAUUCCCUGGAAGGGACCCAGCUCAAAAUAGAGUCCCUACUUGUUCUGGAUCAAGAAAUGGAGGGAAUAAACCCUUAUUGAGGUGUUUUAUUUGCAAUGGACCUCAUCGGUCUCAGUUGAGUAACUUGAGGAAAGUGCCAGAGAGGGGAUUGAUGUUUGUGGACAUCUCAACAAAUGGGAAAAUCUCUAAAGCUCUAGUCGACACGGGAGCCACAGAUACACUUAUCUCUCCAGAGAAAGCUAAGAGAUAUGAGUUGAUUAUCACCAAUGAGGUGGGACAAAUGAAAGCAGUUAACCCCGCUGCUUCAACGAUAUGUGGAGGUGUGAAGAGGGUCAGUAUCAAACUUGGGUCUUGGGAAGGAAGUGUAGAUUUCACUGUUUCCUACAUGGAUGAUUUUGACGUGAUCUUAGUGCUCAAUUUUAUGAUGGCAGCCCAAGUACUUCCUAUCCCAGCAUCAAGUUGUUUAAUGUUCAUGGGGGAGCAGCCAUGUGUGGUACCAGCUACGAUUCUCCCUCAUCCUGGGAAGAAGAUAUUGUCCGCUAUCCAAUUUAAGAAAGGGGUGAAAAAGGGGAAGCCUUCCUUCUUAGUCUUCCCAAUUUCCAAAGAGGAUGCCAAUCCUGGUACGUUGCCCAAGAAUGUUCAAGAAGUGUUGAGAGACUUUGAGGAUGUAAUGCUAGAUGAAUUGCCGAAAGAGUUGCCUCCUAGACGGUCGGUGGACCAUGAGAUUGAAUUAAUCCCGAGAGUAAAACCUCUUGCGAAGUUCUCGUAUCGGAUGAGUCCUCCAAAGUUGGCAGAGUUGAGGAAACAAUUGGAUGAGUUGCUCCAAGCAGGAUUUAUUCGACCCUCGAAGUCACCUUUCGGGGCACCUGUGUUGUUCCAGAGAAAACAUGAUGGGAGUUUGAGAUUGUGUGUGGAUUAUAGAGCAUUAAACAAAGUGACUGUCAGGAAUAAAUACCUCAUUCUGUUGAUUGCAGAUUUGUUCAACAAACUGAACAAUGAUAAGUAUUUCACGAAGUUGGAUCUCAGAUCGAGAUACCGUCAAGUGAGAGUAGCCAAAGGGGAUGAGCCAAAAACGACAUGUGUAACUCGGUAUGGGGCAUUUGAAUUUUUUGUUAUGCCUUUUGGACUAACCAAUGCUCCUGCUACUUUUUGUACUUUGAUGAACCAGGUGUUCCAUGACUAUCUCGACAAAUUCGUAGUCAUCUAUUUAGAUGAUAUAAUGAUCUUUAGCACUUCUAUGGAAGAGCACCAUGAGCAUCUUCGAUUGGUGCUGACGAGAUUGCGGUAA